GGGCAUAAAUGUGUCUCCUGAUUUUGUAUUGGAUUUGUUAAGGUUUUUUUGUUUCUGGUUUUUGUUGUUGAACAUGGAGGGUACCACUGUCCAACUCUUAAGAUUUUCUCUAGCACUUUUUGGAUUUUGUGUCCAUGGGCAUAUUGGAAGUGUUGGUGGCUUUAGCAGUGGAGGUUAUCCUGGAUACUAUGAGGCUGGCCUCCCAAUGCAGGAUGUGAAGCAGCAAAGUUCCAGCUGGUAUGACCAAGGAGAUGUAUCCGAUCCCAAGCCAGCACUGCUUAACUAUCAAACUGUAGUGCAAACUAGUAAGGAGUCUGUGGCCUCUAAUAGCCAGCAACCAGUGCAGACUGGCUCCCAGUCCAGUGGUCUACUGUUCGCUAAUGCCCAAUCCUUUGUCAAGCCCCAGAGAAGUAGACUUCAAGUUGGUUCCCAGCUGUUUUCUGAUGGCAGGCCUAUCCUGAGUUCAAGUCUUGGCCAGCAGUCAGCACAAGCCAGCUACCAAAUCGUGUCCCAACCCAGUGUCCUGCAGUACGCUCAAGCCAGCUACCAGUCCAUAAAACAGCCCAGUAGACAAAAACCAGAACUGACCCGAUACCAGCCUGUCUCUCAACCCAGUGUCCUGCAGUCCGCUCAAGCCAGCUACCAGUCUAUGCAACAGCCUAGUGUCCAAAAACCAGGAGUGACCCGAUACCAGCCUGUCUCUCAACCCAGUGGCCUGCAGUCGGCACAAGCCAGCUAUCAGUCUGUGCCCCAACCUAAUGCUCUGCUGACAGCUCAAGCCAACUACCAAUCUGUGUCCCAACCCAGUGGCCCGCAGUCGGCACAAACCAGGUACCAGGCUCUGUCCCAUCUCCGUCGACUGCAGUCAGCACAAACCAGCUACCAGUCUGUUCCCAAACCUAGUGGCCUGCAGUCCGCUCAAGCCAGCUACCAGUCUAUGCAACAGCCU